AUGUCAUUUUGUAUUUUUAUAAUUAUAACCUCAAUCAAAGUUCUAAAACGUUAUUUACUUUAUUUUCUAAAACAAUGAACAGCUUUUGGAGGCGAAUUCCACAUACUAUUUAUCCAAUACUCGUGUUAAGAUUCCCAAUUACUACGAAACCUAUGCAUACUCUUGUUUCCCGUGACAAUGUAAAGACUACUUCAGUGCUAGCAGGUUUACAACAGAAAAAUAUAUUUUAUAAUCCAAUCCGGAGCAAAUCAAAAAAGGCUAAACAUGAUUCAGACGAUGAAGACGAGAACUACAAUGAGGACUCUUCACUAUCCAGAGAUUCUAAAGUAGUGAAAUUCAAUACCACUUCCUUGAGGACAGAUUUAAUAUUAAAAACUGCACUAGGAAUUGCUAGAAACAAAAUAGAGCAACAGUUUUAUGAAAGCAAAAUAAGAGUAAACGGAAAUAAAGUUUUGAAGAAAAGUGCAACAGUGAGACUAGGUGAUGAAAUUGAUGUCAUAAAGAUGGUCAGUCCAAAGAAUGCUGACCACUUAUACGUGUCAAGAGUAGAAAUAUUGAACAUAGCUGCCCAGGAAGAAUCUAUUACAAUCACUGCAAGAAGAUUCAAGAACUUACUCAUUGAGAACUAUGCGAAAGAUCCUUAUAAAGGAAAUCCUAAUGCUGGGUCAUCCUAAGGAUAUUUUUACCAAUUAGUAGAAUUUGUAACACAGUAAACUACAUAUUUUUUAAGAUUUCAUAAAUAAGUCUAUGUGAUACAGCAUUUGAAAUACUAAAAAGAUACUUCGGACUUAACUGAAAGGAAUGUAAAGUUUCCGAUUAAACUGCUGUUCUGCUUUAUUUAUAUGAAUUACUCGGAAAAAAAGCUUUUAAUAAUAUAUAUAAUAACAUAUACUUAUUAAUUGCUUUAGCUAAAGACUCAAUAACUUCAGCAGAUGCAUCAAAAUGACGUCAAAAAUGCAAGGUGCAACUAGUAACUCUAGUUCUCAGGACAAUUUUUCAUCCUCAUGAUGCCCACUGCAAUUAGUACAGAAAGUUCAGGCCCAUGAGCUUCCCUACUGUAAAUAAAAUGUUGAUAGUGAUUUAAUAUGUUAAUAAAACCAUGAAGAACAACAUAA